AUGGCGACCCGAACCUUGUCGAAGCGGAAGCAUGGAAGGGUUCCCGCUGCGGCUCUACACUACUCCAACACUGGACAGGUUGGAGGAACAGGAAAGAUCUCCUUACACUACAAAUGGGACACAUGGGAGUUGAGGGGCAACAUGCUGGUCGUGAAUGGAGUAUCUAUGUGUCAUGGCUUACCCCAUGAGCUACAUGACCAGACGGAACCAUCCUACCUUUUGAAGACGCCCGAUAUGUCACAUCUUCUUUCGGCACGUGGAGCCAGCGUGGCGUCCAUCUACAUUAUCCGAGAUAUCGACUGA